CUGCCCCCUUGCUGACCCACUCCCCUGGAGACUCUGCUGGGUCACAUGGUCCCUGCAAAGCCUUAAAAAAGGCCCAAAUAGUGCGCCCACGAGUCCAGUCUUCAGACACCAGCUGGUCUUGGUGGUUCUGGUGAUCUGCGGAAAGCCACCUUAAGACAUGUCGGACACAGAGGAGUACGAACAGGAGGAGUACGAAGAGGAGGUAGAGGAGCUGGAAGACAAUGAAGUGGAGGUAAAGGAAGAGGAGACAGAACAGGAGGAAGAGUCCAAACCUCGACACAAAACCACUUAUGUACCAAACAUCGCCCCUCCGAAGUUGCCGGACGGCGAGAAGGUGGACUUCGACGACCUGCACCGCAAGAGACUGGAGAAGGACUUCAAUGACCUCCAGAGCCUGAUUGAGAUGCAUUUCUCCAACCGCCAGAAGGAAGAGGAGGAACUGGUGGAUCUGUGCAACCGCAUCGAGCGCCGCCGCUCGGACCGCGCCGAGCAACAGCGGGUCCGCGCCGAGGAGGAGCGGGAACGCCAGGCCAGGGUGACCGAGGAGCGGGCGAGGCGCGAGGAGGAGGCGGCCAAGCUCCGCGCCGAGGAGGAGGCCAAGAAGAAAAAGACCUUCACCAACAAGUCCUUCGGCGGCUACCUGCAGAAGGUGGACCAGAAGAAGGGCAAGAAGCUGACGGCGCGCGAGGAGAAGAAGAAGGCGCUACUGGAGCGCCGCAAGCCGCUCAACAUCGACCACCUCAACCAGGAGAAGCUGGCGGAGAAGGCGCAGGACCUCUGGGCGUGGCUCCAUCAGCUCCACGCUGAGAAGUUCCAGCUGGCGGAGAAGCUCAAGCGGCAGAAGUACGACAUCUACGUUCUCAGGAACCGCGUCAGCGACCACCAGCGAGGCUCCAAAGCGUCCAAGACCACCCGCGGGGCCAAGGGCAAGUCUGGGUCCUGGAAGUGAGGAAACCUUUCCCGGACUUGUUGUCUUGUUUGUAUCUAACUUUAUUGGAGAUCAUUUUCUGGGGCAGGCGUUAAUGCUGAGGGGCGGAGUCAUUGAUGUCGAUCUACUUUAUCCACAUAAUUAUUAUUAAACUUGAUUGUUUGGUGGCGAUCUGCAGCCUCCACCAGAAA